GACUAGAUAAGUCUUAUCUUUUGUAUAAAUGUGGUUGUCUUUAGUAUUGAAUUACUAGCUUAUAGUUAAUCGUUAAAUUUCAACAUGAGGAUCUGUUUCGCACUUCUUUGCCUCGUGGCCACGACAUUUGCAUCAACUACCACCCACCAUCCACACCACACCCACACGCAUGAACCAAAUGAGGGUGAAGCGUUUACGUUUGCAUACAACGGUCGCUCCCACGACUUGGUUAUAAAACACCGCUCUGGUAAAAAUUAUAUGUGCUACAUCGCAUCCCUAACGGACGAUGAAAGACACACGGUUCACACCGAUGGUGGCAUGAGGGCUGUAGAAUUACGGAUUUUAGGUCUACUAUCCUCAUCUACUGUAGUGGAAAAGACUGCCAUUGAUCAAGUCAAUUUAAAAUAUUGUGGACAUGCUCCUCACAACGGCACUAUGAUAUACCAUACUAUACCAUAAUGCCAGUGAUGUAAAUUGGUUGAUUGUAUACAUCCAGUAUUCAAAAUAGAGUAAAUAAGUAGA